AUCGUGCCCAAGCCCAGUGGCCCCGCGGAGCCGGCGCGCUCCCGCCUGCAGGGGGAGGGCGGACGGGGCGGCGGGACCGGCCAGGCCUCGGCGGGCGGGCGCUGUUUCUCUUUCACUUUCCUUCCUGUGAGGCCGGCGCGCUGGCGGGCGAGGAGCGUUGGCGGCGGCGGCGGCCGCUGGUAUGGGAAAGCAGAACCACCAAAAGGAGUGAUGACCAGCAAUCUUGUGAUAGAUCUGGAUGUUAGUUCUCAUGCCGCAGGAUAUCCAGUUGGGAACUCCAUACCAGCUCUUGGGAUCAGACUUUUAUCAACUUAAAACCCUUCGUUACCUGAACUAUUGAAGCCAGCCCGAGCUAACUACGAAUGGCUACCCAAAGGAAACACUUGGUGAAAGAUUUCAAUCCUUACAUCACCUGCUACAUCUGUAAAGGGUAUCUGAUCAAGCCAACCACAGUGACGGAAUGCCUCCAUACCUUCUGUAAGACUUGUAUUGUUCAGCACUUUGAAGAUAGCAAUGAUUGUCCCAGGUGUGGCAACCAGGUUCAUGAGACAAAUCCAUUAGAAAUGUUGAGGUUGGAUAAUACGUUAGAGGAAAUCAUAUUUAAACUGGUCCCUGGACUACGAGAACAAGAACUUGAGCGUGAAUCUGAAUUUUGGAAGAAAAAUAAGCCUCAAGAAAAUGGACAAGAUGAUACUUCAAAAGUUGACAAACCUAAAGUAGAUGAAGAAGGUGAUGAAAAUCAAGAUGAUAAAGACUAUCACAGAAGUGACCCACAAAUCGCUAUAUGUCUAGAUUGUUUACGGAAUAACGGGCAGUCAGGGGACAAUGUAGUAAAGGGUUUAAUGAAGAAAUUCAUUCGAUGUUCUACACGUGUAACUGUGGGAACUAUUAAAAAAUUUCUAAGUUUAAAACUAAAACUUCCAAGUUCAUAUGAGUUGGAUGUGCUGUGCAAUGGUGAAAUUAUGGGGAAGGAUCACACUAUGGAAUUCAUCUAUAUGACAAGAUGGCGACUAAGAGGCGAAAACUUUCGGUGUCUGAACUGCUCAGCUUCGCAAGUCUGCCCUCAGGAUGGCCCUUUGUAUCAGUCAUAUCCCAUGGUAUUGCAGUAUCGACCAAGAAUUGACUUCGGUUAGACCAAGGGGCCUGGACCCCACUGAGAUGAAUCCUGCACUAUUUGUUUACUCAUGGACAGAUGGCACAGCAAGAGGUGUGUGGACUAAAGGGACACAACCAGAUUUUCAGCAUGCAAAUAAGGCCAUUGUCUGUCUCUAAAUUGUCAGUUGCAUUUAUGUUGUUUCUGUUAAGAGCAAACCAAGUGCCAUUCUGCUACUGAACCACCUGUGUAAGUUAUGUGUGCUGUCUCACAGUGUACAAGUCACACUGAGGUCAGCUGGGUGUGCAUCCCUGUUGCAGCCUUUAGAAUACUUUGCUUGUUGUCCCAAGACUGUUCUAAUGUUCAGUUACACUAGUAAUAUGGCUCAAUCUUUGUGGUGUUACAGUUUUCACAUACUUUCUCUUUUAUUCUUGUUCAAAUAGAGUAUUGUAUAAGAAACUGGUUAUUAUAUUUGGAAAUUAUUUUAUAUGGCAAAUAUGUUUAGAAAAAUGGUUUUUGAACCACUGUCCUAUUCUCAGUAAGCUUUUUCUGUGUAACAUAGUUCAUCUUUUGGGAAGAAUUCCAAUUAUUCUUUAACAUUAGAGCACAUUGUAAUUGUAGGCAUUUUAAGUCAUCUGUCAGUGUAGUCUACCAACUGCACAAGGAGGGCCUGUUAGCCCUCCACGUUGAAAAUGUGUGCGAUUCUGGGAGAACUGAAGCUGGAUUCACAACCAUUCAAAAUGUUGGCAGCUGAUCACAUUUACUUCUAACAAAAUGACUGUAAGUAAGGUUCCUCUUCUCUCAUAAUGCCUUAUGACAAGCGGGUACUGCUGUGAACCGUCUUUGUGUAGCCCAUUUUAUGGAUGCAUCACUAUCUUGUUGUCUCAUUUAAUGAGAACAUUGUUUCUCUUUUUAAGUUGGCCUUAGGUAUGUGUUGCUGUUGCAUGAAGAGGAUUAUGAUGAUUUUAAAUAUUAGGAUCUUUAGAGCAUUAGCUACUUUAUGGAUUUCAAGUCAAAACAGUUGUAGAUUAAUACUGUUACCUAUCACAUUUCCAAACCAUUUGCAUAAAAUAGAAUAAAUGCAGUGUAGUAGAUAAAUAUGCUAACCACCAUUAGUGGGCUGAGGAUAUUUCACUUUAGAGCCUGUGGCAAUCAGAGGGGUGGGAAUACUGUUCAUACAUAAGUUUAUUACAGUGAGAGCUAUGGGAAUGGCCUUGAUUUCGUAGUUUUGUUAAGUCUUCCAUUCAUUUUGAGAUUAGUCUGCAAGUCAAAGAAAAUCUUGUUACCUUAAAUUAUGUGAAGAACUUCAUUUAAAUGUUUUAAAAUGUGUAUUUGUUUUCCAAAAACUUCGUUGGCGAUUGUUUUAUUAAUUGAUUCAGAACAAGUUAACCUCUGAAACUUAGGAAAAACCUUGAAAGUUAGGAAAAUAUUUAUUUUAGAAACCUGACAUGAGCACAAUCUGUGUGUUACACACACGGUUUUUAUACUGUAUACAUGGUAGAUAUGCUACAUUUUCCAGUAAAUUGUGUCACAAAUCAAUGCCUUCUAAAUCUCAAAAUGCUUCUUAGAAAUAAAACAUUGUAGAAUUCAAACACAUACAACAUACAACUAAGCCUUGAUGCAUUUCACAAUAUAAAAGGCUGAAAUAUCAUAAUUAUUUUUCCAUAUGUCUUUGUUUCAAGUCUAAUAGCCUAUAUUAAAGCUUUCUGUUUUUGUUCUGACUUGUGGAAAAGGUUAGGGCAGUACUUUAAUUUGUUAAAUUGUGUUUGUGCUUGGAAGGGCUCACAAGCAGAAUUUAAAAGGCAGAGUUUUUUGUUAAAAAUCUAUUAAAAUGGUUGGAAUAGACGGUUACCAUUAUACUCAACCAAAACUGAUUUUAUUCUUUAGCUACAGAAAUUGUUUUAUGCCCUAAAAGCUAACUUCCUGACAUCCCUAAAAAGUUUUAAAAUUUUUUAUAAAUUUGUUACAUCUAGGUCAGUAAUUAAAAUAAUGUUUUACAAAUGGGAAUUUAUUUUAAUUGACUUAAUGCAAAAUGCAUUGAGAGUCCAUUUUAAAAACCACAAAUGAGACCUGGUCAUUUUGGGGGCAUCAGCCAAAACCUACAACCUUAAGUGAGUUUUAUGGAUAUUCUCUUUACAUUUGUCCUGCUGCUUCAUCGUAAGUAAUUUCAUCAUUUUCCAAGGAAAUACAUAGGAAGCAAUUAUGAAAUUUAGAGUAGUUUUUGUGAAUUUUUACUGAAAUGCAAUGGAAUAUGUGCCAAAACGUGUGAAAAAUUUACAUAAAGAAGGAUACCAGUUGUCAUCGGGGCAAAGUACACACUUUGUGAUGGUCCUGAGUAAUGCUGUAUUACUCAGAACCACGAACCACAGACUUCUUCAGCCAACCUCUUUUGAUACAUUCAACUAUGAUUUUCUAAGUAUGGGACUACUUUCAUAUCUAACAAUACACUAAAUCCCAGUUAUUUAUUCCCUAAGUUAGGUUGUGAAAUUUGCAAGAAACCAGAAAUAGAAAAAAUAUGCAGACAAACUUUGUGGUUAGUUUUAUAAACUUAGGGUAGUAGUAAAACAAACUUUUUAUAAAUAACCCAUAGGAAUAAUCAUCUGAAUCUGCAAAGUUGGGAGAAUAAAUAAAACUAAGUUUUUAUUUAGUCUAUUGUUUCUUAAACAACAACCUGAAAGAACUUUGCUUUCAUAAAAGAUUUUGUCAUCUGUUUUCUCUGCUUUAGAUAUCAUAUUAGUAAAGGGGUCAAGCAAUGUGGGAUUUCAAGGUCCGUAUCACAUCACUCUGAGGUAAUCACAUCCAUUACUAGAAAAAUCAGAAUAUGGCCUCUUCUCUAGAUUGACAAAAUACUUUCAGGAAGUACAAAAA